AAUUUGUACGUUUACAAACGGCAGUUUAUCGGUUGUUGUGCUUUCGCUCGCUCGGUAGUCGGUACCUUUUCUCCCAAAUUGCAUAAAUUACAAAAAUUCAAACGUCCAGAGACGAGUUUCUUAUCAGUGGGCGGAAUUCAAAUUGAUAAGGACGGCAGGUCACGUUCGGGUUAAGGGUUUUGGGCUCUCGCUCGCUCGGCGCCGUCGUUUCGCUCCGCUAAACCAAAACUAUUCUAGGUUUGAAGGCUACAGUCUAGGAGGAGAUUACAGGUUUAAUUUUCGGUUAAAAAAGUAAAGUUAAAAAUUUAGGAAAAGCGGUACUAUACCGAUCAUUACAACAGCAGCUGCUGUAAAUGGCAAGGUGAUACCUGUUAUCACCGUUCGUUCGUUCAUUGUCAACCUAAUCAAACGAACACUUGUAGACCUUGUAAUCAGCAGUUACCUGCAGUCACUUACGCAUGAGUAACUACACACAACCGAUAAAAACAAUAAGCUAUUAGCAAUACAACAUAUUAAUUUUAGGUAUAUUCGCGCACAAAGACCUGUGUAGUAAUUUUCAUUGAUCGCAAUUUACGAAACGCAUUUUAACACGCUCUCUUUACAACCUUCGGAAUAAUAUUAUGUUUAUUGUUUUUUAUCGGCUCUCUGACGAUGGAUUAUGCCGACGACGCAUCCCAACAUAUUAAAGAAAAAAGUUGUUCUUUAACUCCAAUUCAGUGGUUAUUGUCUUGUGAUUCACUUGACCACGUCAACCUUUCAGAAUGUUUAUCAUCGACUGGGCGCUUUUCAUGUUGUGCACUAUGUGCUACUUCAUUGAGUUGUCUCUACCGAGAUCCUAUCCAUAAUGAAUUCAAGCUAAGCUGUCUUCGUGCCCUUUGUAAUCACUUGCAGUUAAUGCUGCAAUUGAGAACUAUGCGUGAGAUGGCUAAUUGUGAAUUACCCUUAGAUGCUAAAGUUUAUGUUAGAGCUUUAAAAAAAGAGGAAGUACUCAAUGGAGAUAUGACAGUCAUCGUAAAAGAUCUUCUACUGCUGGCUAUUUCAAAUGGUACCUAUGAUGCUCGAUGGAGAGUUCUUAUUUUGUAUGUCACUCGAGUUUUUGAUAUCGAUAUAAGUCUUGUGGACUCAAUUGAACUAACAAUUGUAAAUUGUUUAUCAAAUUUUUCACCAGCCCAGACUGAGCAAGAACAAGUGGCUGCAGCCCGUCGUUUACGUAUUUCAAAAACUAAACGUUAUGCUAUGAUCGGAUUGGCUUCGAUCGGUGGUGGAAUUGCCAUCGGCUUAACUGGAGGAUUGGCGGCUCCACUUAUCGGAACUGGACUUACCAGUAUCUUAGGUUCUUCUGCAAUUUUAGGAGCAAUUGGAACACUAGGUGGCUCAGCCGUUGUUGGAUCGCUCUUUGGUGUAGCUGGAGCUAGUUUAACGGGUUACAAAAUGCACAAAAGAGUAGGCGAUAUAGAAGAAUUUCAAUUCCAUAAAUUAUCGACGGGUGCAGUUACAGGUGACGUCCACUUGCACAUAACCAUCGCUGUAUCUGGCUGGUUGAUUGACGAAAAUGAAACUAGUUAUACUCAACCUUGGGGAUACCUUCAAGAAAGUCCUGAACAAUAUUACCUACGAUAUGAAUCUUCAUAUCUUUUAGAACUGGGAAGAGCUAUGGAAUAUUUUCUUACUUUUGCUGUAACUGUAGCUGUACAAGAGUCUUUAAAAUUUACCGUACUCUCCGGUUUAAUCGCAGCUAUAGCGUGGCCAGCUGGUAUACUGGGCCUAGCGUCCGUCAUUGAUAACCCAUGGGGUGUGUGCUGUCGGCGGUCAGCACAAGUUGGCAAACAAUUAGCGGAAACCUUGCUAACGCAUAGCCAUGGUAAUCGGCCAGUGACACUAAUUGGAUACAGUCUCGGGGCUCGUGUUAUUUAUUACUGUUUGCGAGAAAUGUCGCAAAGGGAAAAAAGUCACGGUAUUGUUCAAGACGCAAUUAUGAUCGGCACUCCUUGUACCCGAAAUACUACAGAAUGGAACAAAAUCACGCAAGUUGUGGCUGGUAGGGUGGUAAAUGCCUAUUGUAGGAGCGAUUGGUUAUUAAAAUUCCUAUACAGAACACUUUCCAUGCAUACACAUGGUGUGGCCGGUCUCGAAGCUGUUCAGACAGAAGGAAUCGAAAACAUUGACUUAACUGAUAUUGUUUCAGGUCAUUUUGAUUACCCACAAAAAAUGACUGAAAUUAUGAUGCAUAUUGGAGUACGUGUAAAUGAAACAGCUAAACGAAUACUAAUUUCUACACAUUCUAUGCCAGAGGCAAUGUGCGAUAACCUAAAACUAAAUGAUGAAAAUAACAGUGUACCAAAAUCAAAGUCAGCAAAUGAACUCGCAAUCAUCAGCAGUGAAAACGAUUAUCGAGGCUAAAUAGUAUUUAAUAAAAACUUGUUAUUUCUCUCUUAUUUUUCUUUAUUUCUUAACUGCACCCAUUCUCUGAAUAUUAACAAACAAAUAUUAAUUUAUAUAAUAAUUACAUUGACGCCAAAAUUAAUUUUUGAAUUCCAAUAAGUAUUUUUUUACUACAGCUUUGAUGUAAAGACUUAAAACUAAAAAUACAAACAAUGUUUUGAUGUAUAAAAACACUUUUUUACAAUUAUUAGAUAAAUUAUUAAUGGUAACAAUUGUUACUCAUAAGUUUUCAUUGUCGAUGAAAGAAACCUGUAUGCACACCAAGAAAAUACGUCCACUAAUUUUGUUCCUAUUUCCAAAGAUAUUUAUUAUUAAUGUUAUUUAAUAUACUUAGUUAUUUGUUUUUAUUUGUAUACCGUUAUAUAACCACACUUAAUAACUUUGAUUAGUAAAAUUAUAUAUAUGUUUGAAAGUAUUAGAAUACUUAAUGUUGUGGUUUUCUAAGGUUUAGUUCAAAUGUGUAUUACUGUUACCCAAAAAAAAAAUUUCUUUUUUGAAAUCACUCGUGCCUUGUACUUUGUUGUAUAUUACAAUUUUUAUUUAUAAAGAUACUCUGUAAAACUCCAGAAAACAAAAAAUAAACCACUCGUAAAAUUUGUAUAAUUUAUAGUAUAUCUCAAAAUAUGAUAAAAUUUGUCAUAAUAUAUGAGAUUUGUGAUGCUAAACUAAAA